CGACUUUCCUACAUUUGUGGGUUCGUGUUAUUACCUUCAACUGAACUCUCUGCUGUAAUCCCAUUUCAGCUUUGAACCUUACUAGAAAGCUAGGAGCUGCAGGAGCAUCUGCGGUAGCUUAAAGCUAAGAAAGAUUAUCCCUGAGUCCUGACUAUGGGGCACAAGUAUUUGUGCUUGGCUUUCUGCUUGUGGGCUUUAACAUGCUCACUUCUUCCUCCUUUCUCCUCUGGACUUAUGAGAAUUGGUUUGAAGAAGAGAACUCUAGAUCUUCAUAGUAUCAAAGCUGCUAGAAUGGUAAGAGAAAAGCUAAGAUUAGGCAGACCUGUGUUGGGUUCAUAUGAUCAGUAUACUGGUAAGCCAACCGAUGAUGGCAUAGUACCUUUGAAGAAUUAUUUGGAUGCACAAUAUUAUGGAGAGAUUGGAAUUGGCACACCUCCACAGAACUUUAAUGUUAUAUUUGAUACUGGUAGUUCCAACCUCUGGGUUCCAUCAUCAAAGUGCUAUUUUUCUCUGGCCUGCUAUACCCAUAAUUGGUUCAAGUCAAAGAAGUCCAAAACAUAUGCCAAAAAUGGAACACAUUGUAAAAUAACAUAUGGAUCUGGAGCAAUAUCUGGUUUUUUCAGUCAAGAUAAUGUCAAAGUUGGUAAUGUUGUUGUCAAGAAUCAGGAUUUCAUCGAGGCAACCCGAGAAGGAAGUCUUUCCUUUGUGUUAGCCAAGUUUGAUGGAUUACUUGGGCUUGGGUUUCAGGAGAUCUCAGUUGAAAAUGCUGUGCCAGUAUGGUACAAUAUGGUGGAGCAGGAUCUUGUAAGUGAGAAGGCGUUUUCUUUUUGGCUCAAUGGGGAUCCAAAAGCAAAAAAUGGCGGUGAACUAGUUUUUGGAGGUUCUGAUCCAAAGCACUUCAAAGGAAGCCAUACUUAUGUUCCUGUUACUAAAAAAGGUUACUGGCAGAUUGAAAUGGGAGAUUUUUUCAUUGGAGGUUUCUCUACAGGUGUUUGUGAGGGUGGCUGUGCUGCUAUUGUGGAUUCAGGAACAUCUUUGCUUGCUGGUCCAACCACUGUUGUGACUGAAAUCAACCAUGCUAUUGGAGCUGAAGGAGUUCUGAGUGUAGAAUGUAAGGAAAUUGUUGUUGAAUUUGGAGAGUUGAUAUGGGAUCUCUUGGUAUCAGGGGUACGGCCUGCUGAUGUUUGUUCACAAGUUGGUUUAUGUUCUGCUAAGCCCAGGGGGGAUCAAUCUAAGAGCAAUGGGAUUGAGAUGGUGACUGAAAAGGAACAGAGAGAGUUGUCAGCCAAAGAUACUGCUCUUUGCUCUUCCUGUCAGAUGCUUGUGAUUUGGAUCCAGAAUCAACUUAAACAAAAGUCAACCAAGGAAAUAGUAUUCAACUACAUAAAUCAGCUGUGUGAGAGCUUGCCAAGUCCAAAUGGAGAGUCGGUAGUAAACUGUAAUAGCAUUUCUAAAUUGCCAAACAUUACAUUUACUAUUGGAGAUAAACCUUUCAUCCUCACUCCUGAGCAGUAUAUUUUGAAAACUGGAGAAGGCAUUGCAGAAGUCUGCCUUAGUGGGUUUAUUGCUUUUGACAUUGCUCCUCCACGGGGUCCUCUCUGGAUUCUUGGCGAUAUUUUCAUGAGGGUAUAUCACACCGUCUUUGAUUAUGGGAAUCUCCAAAUUGGUUUUGCUAAAGCUGCCUAAUGAGACUUCUGGGAGAUUAUGUAGGGAAUAUUUUAAUAAGCUUGUUAGUGUAUUGUAAAUAAGCUCUCUUGUAACUACUAUGGUGCAGGUUUACUUUAUGGAUUCAUAUAUGUACUCAUACGUGAAACUACCCGUCUUGAAGUAUUGUAUGCUUGAACUUGAAAAUGCUGUGUUGUACUGUAGAUUAUAUACCCUUAUGUGCUAUAAAAAUAAGGAUGGCAAUGAAUGACUUAAAAUUU